AUGUUCCACCUCUUCUCCCACUGCUGGUCGUGGCUGCAGGCCAUACAGGAGCCCAUCAGGAAGAGACAGGUGAGGAGCAGCACAACCCAGAGGCAGCCCCAGACGCAGGCAGCAGCUUUAUGGUGCUCUGAAACCAAAGGACCGAGGCUUCUGAGCUCCAGCCGCUGUUCCGGGGGAGUCUGCGGGGCACGGCCGUGUCCCGGGCAGUGGGAGCGGGGACGUGGCUGCGGCAGGAGGGGCACAGGGCACAGGGACGCUCCUGGGCCCCUGUGCCAGCUCUCUGCGCUCUCCCCACACGCAGCGCUGGCCGGGGAGGUGCUGCCCGAUGCGCAGCCUGGCCGGAGCCGCCUGCGGCUGGAUAGGUUCGAGGUGACGCUGCUGGACCUGCCCGGGGCUCAGCGCUCCCGCAGCGCCUGGCGCAGCCACUACAGCGAGGCGCACGGGCUCCUCUUCGUCCUGGACUCCGGUGACCUGGCACGGAUGGAGGAGGCCCGCAAGGUCCUGAGCCGCGUCCUGAGCCACCCCGAUGUGUCCGGGAAGCCGCUCUUGCUGCUGGCCAACAAGCAAGACGCGGCGGCCGCGCUGCUGCCCUGCGAGCUGAUCGAGCGGCUGUGCCUGGAGCGGCUGGUCAACGAGAACCGCUCGCCCUGCCGCAUCGAGCCCUGUGUCGCCAAGCGGGUCCCCCCCGCCCGCCCGGCCCGCGCCACCCUGCAGGGGCUGCGCUGGCUCCUCCGCGCCGCCGCCGCCGCCCCGGCCCCGCCGGACGCCUCCCCGGUGCCGCCUGCCCCGAGGGCCGCCCGCAGGGACCGGCCGCCCGCCGGGGAAGAUGCUCGAGAGGGCGCGGGGAAGAGCGGGGAGCCCCGGCCGGUGCGCCCCGUCUGCCGCCUCCUGCCCCUGGAGGAGAGCACUAAGGGCCCCAGGAGGAGGAAGAGGAAGGUGAAGGUGAAGAAGAAGGGCUUGGGGCAGCCAAGCCCGGCCGAAGAGCCAGAGGGAGCAGGAGUAGGGGCUGCCGGGGGGCUGCUGCUCCCCAACAGGGUCGGGCAGGAGGAGCCCAUAGCCACCCCCCACCCAGCACAGGGUAUGAAAAAGAAAAAAAAAAAGAAAAUCAAGAACAAAAUCAAGUCACGGGAACCUUCUCUGGAGCAGCAGCAUGAGGAGAUCUCAAGCACCUUUGAUUUGUACCGCCGGGCCAUGCUGGCUCUGAAGAUGAGGCAGGAGCAGAGGAAGCAGCCAUCGGCCGUCGCCCCCUGAGCAGGGAGGCACAGAGCACGGGGGUGUGGGCCCUGCAGUGGCAGUGGCACCCACGCUCGUGCACAGCUUGGCCAGGGCUGGCAGAGCUGGGAAAUGGGUCCUGGGGCAUAAACAGCAUCUUUGUCCCCUGCGUGGCUUGAAAACCAGGGAUCCACAGGGGCGAGCCAAAAGUCCCUUUGUAAGAUGCCUCUCUGGCAGCCGGGCUGCAAAUCCAUGUGAAAAGGAACAGCCGGCCCCUUGCCGCCCCCUGUUAGUAUUUUAGUAUUCCGUGGAAGACUCCGUGUAAACCCGGAUUAGUCUGUGGAGGAGAGGAAGAUCCCAACAAACACCCCAGGGGGAGAGCUUGUCUCUUGAAUGGACCUGUGCCCUGGGAAAGCUGUCUUCGCAGGUCAGGGCUGCACUCCCUGCCCACUGCCUGGAACAGUCUCGUUCCCUGCUGGUGGAGAGAGGGCAGCCCCAGGUGGUCUGCGGAGGAGCUCGGCACAACCCUCAGCCACAUCUGGCUGUCAGGACCCGCUUCACACACUGGAGGAAGGUGAUGCCCGUGUCUGUGCACCCUGCAGCCCGUCGGUGAAAAUUUAAGUUCAAAGGCAGCUGGUGGCGGAGGCUCGGUCCCCAGGAGCGCUCCUCCGGACCCUGCCAUCCUUCCAGGACGGUCCCUGCCGCUGGCAGCCCGGCCCUCUGCUGCCCCAGCUGGUCCCUGGGGUGCGCUCAGCUCCGCCUGACAGGGACGAGCAGCAGCAGAGCCGUGCCAGCCUGGCCGGGAAAGCUCAGCCCUGCAAACACCUCAGCCAAGCCCGGGGUUGGGCGGUUUUCCCGUGACACCUGCAGCAAGCAGUGCCAGAAGCUGAGCUGUGCGUUAGUCACCUCUGCUCCCGUGUCACUGAUUAACAGGCGCUGCCUCUGUGCUCCCGGGGAAGGCAAAUCACGGAAGCCCUUCCCUCGGCAGGGCUGAAAAGGGAAAGGAAGAGGAACCAGCUGCUCUGCCUUGCCAGCCUGCCGUAAAGUUCUGUCUAACUCUGCUGUAUUCAACUGUUGGUGACUACAGGGAUUAUUUGUAAAUAAACUGUAAAUAACAACAGCAGAAGUUAACAUUGCCCUGUAAAUACAGC